AUGUAAUCACAAUUUAGCACUGGUCCAUAGAGAUUAAAUGGAAAGUUAUAAGCAAAUCAGCUGCUUACGAAUAGAAACUUUGAUCAUCUUGAGUAUGAUGAGAACCUAUAUGAUUUUAUGAAGUCUUAGGUGGCUUUUUAUCUUUAGACUUCGAAUGACCACAUAAAUACCUAUAUCUUAAAUGAAGGGCGUGGCUUGGAGAAGCAAUAGGUACUUAACAUUCAUUACAAUGAUACAAUUGGAAAAAGAGAGUUCGUAAAUGAUAUCCUUAUGUACACAAUAAUGCCGAAGUAAUGGGGAACCGGCGAAAAUAUUAAAGUAGUUGAUUAUGCCAAUGAAUUAGGAGCUGUUGUCAUAGAUAUUUAGGGCUCAUUUAAUGUCUAAUAAUUUGCAGAAAAACUCCGCGCUUUUUAUGAUGCUAAUAAACUUGACGAAUUCAUUGACUAUACCGAUGAUUCUGGCAGACAGCUCAGUGAAUAGGCUUAAUUAAGUAGAGCAAUUGAUGAUAAGCGCAAUUUCGUUAGAUAAUGCCUAAGCAAUCUUUAUAUAUUUAACUGUUUUGAUGCAAUUGAGUUCAAUCUUACAGUGAGAAGUAUGGCUAAUUUCCUUAAAAGUGAAAAAAAUAUUAGCUUGAUUGUUAUUGAUGGGCUACAUUUUAUUGAAAGUGUAGAGUAUUAUUCUUCAAAGGAUAGGAAUACUGCUGCUGCUCCUUUGAAUCAAGGUACAAUUGAUAAUAAAGAUGGAGUAAAAAAUAAGAGAGGAGGAAAGAAUAAUAACAUACAAAUGCUGGCUAAUAGUGAUUUGCCUAAUACAGACGAUUUUCUAGGUUCUGGUCAAACAAAUAUAAAAACUGAAUAAAAUAAAUACUCAAACGUCUCUGGUAGCAGUAAUUCAACCAAUAUUAGAUAGAGUUUUAAUCUAAGGAGAGGUGCUAAAUCAGGGUAGAAAUUAGACUAUAACUAUUUUGAUUCUAAGCUAAUUGAUAGAGCAAUUACUUUACUUCAUGAAUAUAAGAAGAUAUAUAGAUUUGCAGUUAUAAAUUGUCUUGCUAGGCCAAAUGUCAAGAAAACAACAGACUUACUUGAAUAGGUUAUGACUCGUGGUCUUUAACCAGAACAAAUACCGAAAAUUGUGCAAAAGGAAGUAAAUCCAAAUGACAUUCCAAAUAUUCAUGAUCCGAUGAGAUUGAGUGGCUAUAAUAUGGACAUCAUAUUGGAGGGUUAAAUUCAAGUAGCUGAUAUCACCGAUAAUUUCCUGAGAGAGGCAAUAAAAGGUCUCAAAUGUAACGAUAUUUUGAUAUUGAAGGGAGAGAAGCAGAAUAGUUUAUUACCUAGAUCAGACCCAAAGAAAGUCCACGAUUCGCUUUUAACAUAACAUUUGAGCUGCUGUAUUUUACCUCAGUAGAAGUUUAGUGGUAAUGAUAGGGUGGUAUAGGAAUAGGUACCAUAUGUUAAGAGAUAUCUAGGUCUUUAUAUAUUGUAUAAGGUUGAUGUUGAAAAGUAUAAGAUUGGUGAUGAUGUUAUGAAGUCAUUCUACUUUUGA